AUCACGUGAACAAGCUGUGAAACAACACAAAAAGAGCGCGAAGAAAAUUGCGCGAACAUAAAGCGCCAAGACUAUUACUUAUCAAGGCUUUGAAGUGCAGAAUUCUUUAUUGUUUUCUUAUAUAGCCACCGAAAUGGGUCAUUUCUUAUCCACUGCCUUAACUGCAUUGGGUUAUUCUCACCCUGAUUGCCAAGAGAAAAUAUUAUACUUCAAAAAGCUAAGUGAUCAAGCUACAACUCCGAGCAGAGGCACUGAUUUGGCCGCUGGCUACGAUUUGUACAGCGCGGAAGAAAAAACUAUUCCCAAAGAGGGGAAGGCUUUAGUAAAGACAGAUAUCGCGAUUGCAUUGCCUCAAGGAUGCUAUGGACGAGUUGCCCCGAGGUAGGUGAACAAAUUUAGCGUUUUUUAGAAGAAAUAUUGCAGUUCAAAGAGCCCGCGUUCUUCUGUGAGCACAUGUUGCGUGUUGAAGCAAGAUCAAGCGGUUGUACAUGUUUUUGUACACUUUUCUACGUGUUCCACAAAUCUGAGAUCCAUACUUUUGAGAACUGAACCAAAUUUGCUGUUGAAACGCUGAGUGCCUUAAAACUUUUAAUCGGACAUUAGAGUUUUGUUCCCUGUUGGCGGGAAUAUCCACACAUACAUGUUAAUGAGUUUUUAACAUAGCUUCUAUCUUAUGAAGCUACUUUUAUGACUCAAACUAUUUAAUUAAGCUUAAUUUGUUUUAGGUUUUGUAACAGAAUUAUUCUGCACUGUAAACAUGAACUUUGAUCAAUGGGUAUUUCAGCAAAUAAUGUCUGGAAAAUUUCAAAGGAUACAAUUUAAAUUCAAAGUUAUUGAGAAAUUGUUGUAUUUUUAGAUCCAGCCUCUCCUGGAAGCACCACAUUGAUGUAGGUGCAGGCGUGGUAGACCGUGAUUAUCGUGGAAAUGUUGGGGUAGUACUUUUUAACCUGUCCAAAACUGAUUAUACAGUCCACCAAGGAGAUCGCAUUGCUCAACUUAUCGUUGAAAGAAUAAGCACCCCUCCUCUUGUAGAAGUUGAGGUAAGGUUCAUGAGCUUGGGGUACAUACUUGUUGCAGUGCGGUAGACAUACAAAUAAUUUUCCUCCAGGAACUUAGGAGCUGUAGCUUAUUAAAACCCUCAAGUGAAAUUAAAAGGUCCCAAAAUAAAGUAAUGAUAAAAAAAAAACAAGUAUUAAAAUAAUACGUAUUAAAACAUGAAUCAGGAACAAAAUCACUUCUGUGCAAUCAAGAAAACGGUUGCCUGGUUGUCUCUGAUCGGCUCAACUAUCGAUUUUGUUUCAAGGAUGCAUUGCUCAGUGUUACGCAAGAAGGGCUAUGUUUUUUUGCAUGAAUUAAAUAGCAUGUUGAUUACCAACUCUGACAAAAACAAGAUAUACAAAAGUUUUCACACAAAGAGACUUGUCGUGUGCAACACAAGCGUUCUUUCUCCCAACUUCACGUAUCAUUACCUACCAAGUGGUUUGCAAGCUAAGAUCACUAGAUAAUCCUUUGUAUUGAUCCAUUUUGCCAGAGGGAAAAAAAACAUUGUUUGAAGCUAUUGGUACUUUUGUCAUUUUCUGGUUGCUAACUAGAAAGAGGGCUGUGCUCUGGCUCCUAACUUUUGCUCUUGGGCGACUAGGAAAUUGGGGUGGGUGAUAGAGUUCAAUUUUAGGGCUUAAACCAGAGCGAGUGGGUAUUUUCUCUGCAGAACUUUUUUGCUCUGUUUGUUGUUGCACCGUCCAGAGGAGCCACAAUCAUGGCAAAACAGCUGUUGACGGCUACAACCCUGCUCUGUUUUGGGUUCUAUCAUUGUUGUGUUGAUGUGUUGCAAAGUUAAUUUUCAUGUGGUAUGAUCAGCAUUGCAGAAUUGAAUGUGAAAUCUUCGUUUUUUCAAGUUGUAUGCUGGGCACACUAGAUUUUACAGUUUCAGAGCCUUGGGUUCCCCUCAAUUUCCUUAGAGCACAGCCUUGUAGAAGAGAAAAAGAAAAACUAUCCUAAACUUUUUUUUUACUCUAAAAUUAACCGAGCUUGUUUUUGUUUUCAGUUUGCACUGCUUUCUUGGAUUUGGACAUGAUGAACAGAAGGAAUAACUUUUAAACAGAAAAUGAAGUUUAAACCUUUAAAGAAAAGAAUUUAAACUUUAAUGCUGCUUUUAAUAGUCCAGAUCUAGCCUGUUGUGAAACAAAGGUAAAUUAUAAAAGUAGAUUUGAAUUUACUUGAUUAUCAUGUAAAUCAAUAAAUGAAUAAAUUUCGAAAAAAUUAAAAGUGGAAUAAAUGAUAUAAAAAUUUUUUCACAAGAAAUUGUGUGUAGGGAUUAAACUAAGUUCAAAUUAAAUCUGGCAUGAUAGGGCAAGACUAAAGAAAACUUCUGUACAUUAAUCAGUGAUCAAUUAAUACAGAACUUUACUGUAAAGUAUUAGCAAAGCAAUUUAAGGAAGAUUUGUGCAUUUCCAUUGAAUUAUUAGUUUUAUUUUCCCUUAAACUGGGGCCCAAUUUUUUAGGUUUGGGCUUUAAAUAGGGUGUCAGUUUUCAUUAUUUUGUCUCAUCUUUAACCCAUUUGUCCCCGAGCCACCCAUAACCACCCAUUCGGAUCCACACUUCCCUUCUACCACUCUUGACGUCACCAGUUUUAAUGGUCAAGGUCAAUUUAGUCUGCCAACUUGUGCAAAGUGAAGAAAUCUUUCAAACCAUACCAGAAUGUGCUCAAUUCAGUCAAGGACACCAGAGGAAAAUGCAAAAAAACCAUAUAAUAAUGACCUGAAAAUUUCCAUGAAAAUCUUGUUCCACUACACGCCUACCUUCCCUUUCAUCCAAUUCUAAGAUCCUAAAAGCUUUCCUAAAAACUUUUCCCACCAAAAUGAAGCCUACUAAAUGCAUAGCAAAAGAAAAAAAAAUGAGGCAAGAAAAGCAAAGAAAGAGAGGAGGAGAGAAAGUGAAAAGUAAUAGUCAAGACCAGUGUUCUCCCAAGGUACCUAAGGCUAGGCAGGCCGCCUAGGUUAGUACACUAGAAAAUUGUUGCCACCUGGCUUAAAAGCCAAAGAUUUAUCAUCAUCAACAACAACAACAACAUCUUUGAAUAAAAAGUAAUAACAAGAAGAUACUUGGACAAAAUAAAUCGCAAAUUUAUAACCCCCCACCCAAUUCAGGGAUGGGAAAGUGGCACAUUUUGGCUUUUGUGCGGCUUCAUCCUUGAUUUAGGGGGGAAAGGGGUUUGCUGUUGCAGUGGUUCUGUCCAAGAUUGUAGGUACUUUAGAGACAAAAAUGCUAUGGGGUGUUCAAGAAAAUCAAUCCUUUUUGUACACUGUGUUAAGUACCUAUCAAAUUUAUGUAUACUGGAAGUGACUUGUUAAAGGCAUAAAUAAAUAGGUGGAGGGGAUGACUGGGAGGGGAGCAAUGAGUCCAUUAUCAGGACUAAUUUGUGAAAUUUCUAAUUCAGUUGGUCAGGGAAAUUUUGCAUUUGUCAGGAAGGAAAAAGUGAGGGUAUUUCAAAAACCUCUGGCUUUGGCAACCAUGAUUUCAUUUGGCUGACAUGCCAUUAUUUCCUCUUUUCAGGAGUUGGAUAGUACAGCUCGAGGAACUGCAGGCUAUGGAUCCACGGGAAAAUAGAAACGGGCCUUACUUUAACUGACUGAAAGUUUUCUGUACAGAUUAGCAUGCCAAGUGCCAUCUUUGAAUUGCAUUUAAAAAUAAAAUUUAUUAUUACUUUACAGUAGAUAUCUUAAGCCAGUUGUUUAAAAGCUGGAAAUAUUGUAAAUGUUUUUGAAACAGUUAAAAUCAUUUUCCUGUUAUAGUUCCUUACUUAUAUGAGGACAAACAAGAUUAAUUUCUACUGUAGCAAUUGUGAUGGUGAGGCUCAUUAAGAACUUAAUAAUUACCCUCAAUUCAACAGUCUGACUUGAUAAAAUUUCCGUUUGAACAGAGAACAAAAAAGACAGCUUCUUUUUACACCUUAACUAAAACUUUUGGCUCAAGUUAUUAAGAUAUUGCUGUCAACUAGACACGUCAGUAAUUGGUAUACAAUGUAUACUGAUCUUUUUCAUUGUUGCUUCUAACUCCCUUUCAAACAACUGCUCUAUUUCAACAUCAAGUUUUGUUCCUAAACUUACUGCUGUUGCUCGUGUUUUACUAAAAGAAGAAAGGAGUAAAACUAGAUAUAAGAGACUGUUGUAUUUAUUGUACAUGAGAAAAAUCUUCAACAACUUUGCUUGUAUGGACUUUGUUGUUUGUAUUAAGCUAUAUGGUACUUUUAAUGAUGUUUGUAUUGAGAAAAUAGAUCGGUGGUUGGUGUCCACCUUGUUGUAGUCUUGACUUUUGACACUGCUUUCUAUCAUGAAAUUAGAUUUUCGGUCACAUAUGUUGGACUACCAUGAUCUCAAACUAAAGUACCGUAAAUCCUCCAUUAAUCCCCCCUCUCAAAUAAACCCUCCCUUUUUCAGGGGAAGGAAGUUAAAAAAGCCCCCUCCC